AUGAACGCACCAGAUAGAUUCGAGCUCUUCAUUCUUCCCGAUGGCGUUGAUAAAAUCAAGAUCACACCGGACACGAAAGUACCCAAUGCUGCCAUUAUUAAAAUUGAGAGAGAAGACCAUACAUUGGCAAACUUGUUGCGUGCACAGCUAUUGAAAGACCCUCGUGUUAUAUUUGCUGCUUAUAAAGUUGAACAUCCAUUAUUUGCAAAUUUUGUCUUGCGUAUACAGACGGAGGAGGAUUAUACUCCAAAAGAGGCAUUAAAAAAUGCUUGCAACAUGUUGAUUAAUGAAUUGGGUGCAAUCAAAAGUAAAUUCUCAGAAGAGUGGGCCCUUAAGGUUCUUUUGAACAACGAGGAUGACUAUUAA